CCCUGUGAGCGGUGUGAGUCCUGCUGAAGCACACUCGGACUCGGACUCGGACUCGGACUCAGACAGAUGAAGAGCUGAGUUUAAACCGGGUUAAUGUCUCCUACAUGACUCAGGGCAGCUCUCAGUCCCAGUCCAGCCGGGCAGCUCGUUUAAUCCUCCGGCUCAGGGUCUGAUGCAGAUGACGAUGUGCAGGCUUGCGGUGUGCUCUCUGGGUCUGGUGAGGCAGGGUGGACACCUUGGUUUUCCAAUUGCCCCAGCUCUUUGUCCCCUCAGGACCAGUGUCCGGACCCUGUUCAGCGAGACUGGAGUGUGGGAGCGAGACUACAGGGCAGAGACCAGGCGCCGGGUGGAGCAGUGGUGGCAUCCACGCAUCCAGCAGCAAUGGGAGAAGGAAAUGAAGGAGCAGAGCUCCCAGAAGAAGAAGUUUUAUGUCCUCUCCAUGUUUCCGUACCCGUCUGGUCGGCUGCACAUGGGCCAUGUGAGGGUCUACACCAUCAGCGACACCAUCGCCCACUUCCAGCGCAUGAGGGGUCAUAAGGUCCUGAAUCCGAUGGGCUGGGAUGCUUUCGGCCUACCUGCGGAGAAUGCUGCCAUUGAGCGAGGUCUGGACCCUGAAGACUGGACUAAGAGUAAUAUCCAGUCCAUGCGAGAGCAGCUCGACAGCCUGGGGCUGUGCUUUAAUUGGGACCGGGAAGUCACUACUUGCCUGCCUGACUAUUACAAGUGGACACAGUACUUGUUUGUGAAGCUUUAUGAAGCUGGACUGGCCUAUCAGAAAGAGGCGCUAGUGAACUGGGACCCAGUAGACCAGACAGUCCUGGCUGAUGAGCAAGUGGAUGAAAACGGUUGCUCAUGGAGAUCUGGAGCUCCUGUGGAGCAGAAGCUUCUUAAGCAGUGGUUCAUCAAAACCACCAACUACGCCAAGCCUCUCUUGGACGCCUUGGCGGAUCUCCCCGAGUGGUACGGUGUGAAAGGGAUGCAGGCCAACUGGAUCGGAGAAUGCUCAGGCUGCUAUUUCGACCACGUGCUGAAGCUGGAAGGGAAAGAGACAGGUGAGGUGCUGGCUGCCUACACCUCUUCUCCUGACGCGGUAUAUGGAGCAGCGUUCAUCUCCAUCCUGCCAUCUCACCGCCUUCUCCACGGCUCCAGCCCCGUGAGACCCGCGCUGCAUAGAGCACUGCAACCUGGGAAAAACUGCCUCAGUGAGGUCACUGCCCUCAACGUCCUCACCGGCCGUGAGAUUCCAGUGGUCAUCUCUGCUAAGACUGAGUUUCACGGACACCUGGACACUUUGAUAGGUAUUCCUGACAGCAGUGAGGAGGAUGUGUGUGUGGCCAGGGAUCUGGGUGUCAGUUGGGUUUCGGUUCUGAAGAGUGAAGAAGAUGGAACUCACACUCUAAUCAACUCCGCUGAGUUCACAGGUCAGACACGAGAAGAGGCCUUCAACUCCAUUACCCUGAAAGCUCGAGAAAGGAACGUGGGUGGUCACCUCACCAGCUCAAAGCUGAGGGACUGGUUGAUCUCGAGGCAGCGCUACUGGGGUACACCCAUUCCCGUGGUGCAUUGUGGGUCAUGUGGUCCUGUGGCGGUACCUGUGGAGGAUCUGCCAGUCAUGCUGCCUAAAGUGCCAUUCCUGACCGGGAAAGGAGCGUCACCCCUACAGUCUGCUCACGACUGGGUCAACUGCUCGUGUCCCAGGUGUAAAGGUCCUGCUCAGAGAGAGACGGACACCAUGGACACCUUUGUGGAUUCUGCCUGGUAUUAUUUCAGAUACACAGACCCACACAAUCAGCUGAGGCCUUUUGAGCGCUCGCUAGCUGACCACUGGAUGCCGGUGGACGUUUAUAUAGGAGGGAAAGAACAUGCAGUCAUGCACCUGUACUACGCUCGAUUCCUCAGCCACUUCUGCAAAGGCCAGGGCUUUGUCUCACACAGGGAACCCUUCAAGAAGCUGCUUGUGCAGGGCCUUAUUAAGGGCCAGACGUUCAGAGUGGCCGAGAGUGGCCAAUAUCUAAAGAAAGAGGAUAUCGAUUUCACAGGUGCAGAGCCUGUGCAGAAGGGCACUGGAAAGCAGCUGCAGGUCACCUGGGAGAAGAUGAGUAAAUCUAAACACAACGGGCUGGACCCUCAGGAGGUGGUGCAGCAGUACGGCAUCGACACUGUGCGCCUCUAUAUCCUCUAUGCGGCUCCACCCGAGCAAGAUAUCCUGUGGGAUGUAAAGACGGAUGCUAUCCCCGGCGUGCUCCGCUGGCAGUCUCGCCUGUGGGGGCUGGUCACUAAGCUGAGUGAGGCUCGUCAGGGCGGAGAGACCCCCAACCCCUCUAUCCUGAGCAAAAAAGAGCGCUCUGAGGCCAGGAGGAUUUGGGAAAACAAGAAUCAUGCCAUCACACAGGUCACCAUUCACUUCACAGAAGACUUCCUGUUGAAUGCAGCGAUCUCCCGGUUGAUGGGACUGACCAAUACGCUCUCACAAGCAUCUCCCCGUGUGGUUCUGCACAGUGUGGAGUUUGAGCAGGCGCUGGCAUCUCUCUGUGUGAUGACUGCUCCCAUGGCCCCUCACCUGGCCUCAGAGCUGUGGGCAGGGCUGUCUCAGGUGCAGAAUCCUCUCUGUUCUUUACUCUUGGGGAACAGAGAUGUGAUGCAGCAGCCGUGGCCCACUGUGGACCCAGAGUACCUGCAGACCCCAGACACACUGGAGGUUUCCGUACGGAUUAACAAUAAAGUGUGCGGGAGUGUCACUGUGCCUCGACACGUGGCUCAGGAUGCCGAGAAGGUGCGUGAGCUGGUCCUGGGCAGUCCACUGGGCAUGCGUCUCCUCACUGACCGUGUCGUAAAGAAAGCCAUCCUCUCUCCCAGGACUGCCCUCAUAAACUUCUUGGUAGAAGAAUGAACUGGAAAAGGCCAGUGUGCAUCAGAAUGGACAAAUGCGCUGCCAAGUCAGAAGCUACAGGCAAAUGAGAAGCUAAGGAUGUUCCACUUGGACAGAAGAGUAAAUUGAGAUCGAUGCAGCUCUCAGUUUGUAACAAAACCA